AUGGAUGGUGUAGGGUCUUCACCGGAACAUUCUUUAGCUUCAGGGUCAUUUUUCACUCCACUGUUGAUAUCUAUGGCGGGCAUAGCGGCCACAGCUCUAGCAAUAGUUGCAUACCAUUUCUUCAUUGUUAGAUAUUGCUUGAGACGGAGAUUGAGACACUCGUUUCAUAUCUCGUGCAUUGAUAAUUGGUUCCGGCGACACUCCAGCUGCCCCCUUUGCCGGUCACUAAUGGUUGAACCUAACAAUAACGACGACGUUUUGCCUAUGAGUCACUGGAUAAAUGACGUUGUUUCUCAAAUUUUACCCGAUGAUGGGGUUGAUAAAAGCCUGUCAAGUUCAGGAAUUGAAUCUUCAAGUGUUUUGCCGAUGCCGAUGGUGUUGCCGGAGGCCGGGAAGCGGCAGCAGUUGGUUGCAGGAGGUUUGAAGAGGUCGUUAUCUAUGGAUCAAUUUUAUGUUCUUGUUGAUAUUCAGAGGGAGAAAAGGAAAGAAGAAUCUUCUUCUUCUUGUUCUUCCUUAAGAAAUGUUUUAAUGGAGAGUCGAUCGUUUAAGGCUCGAUCUAUGAAGCAAUUUGAUCGAAUGUCUUCAGGAUUUGUGAGCCACCACGAGUCAUCUCAUCCGUUGAGAUUCUCAGAGUAUAUUUUUACUUCAUUUGUUUAUGAAACCUUCUUGUCUCAUAGUCUUCCAGGCGUUGCUUUGUUGUUGAAUUAUAAGUUACAGGGCACAUUGCUGGUUCCUCCAUGGCUGGAGCCAUUGUUAACCACGGCCUUUUUUACAGUGUGCCGUACACAUGGAGAUGCCGCCAGGAGUGAAUGUAAUAUGUAUUGUUUAGACUGCAAUGGCGAUGCAUUUUGCUUCUACUGCCGCUCCUCUAAACACAAAGAUCAUCAAGUCAUUCAGAUAAGAAGAUCGUCGUAUCAUGAUGUAGUGAGAGUUUCAGAGAUUCAAAAGGUGCUAGAUAUAAGUGGAGUUCAAACUUAUGUGAUAAACAGUGCUCGAGUUUUGUUUCUCAAUGAGAGGCCUCAACCGAGAAGUGGCAAAGGAGUUGCUCACAUUUGUGAAAUUUGCGGAAGAAGCUUACUCGACCCAUUUCGUUUCUGUUCAUUGGGAUGUAAGCUUGCAGAAAUAAAGAGAAAUGGAGAUGCAAACUUUACCUUGGAGGUUAAGAAUGAGGCAUUAAUGGAAAGAAGAGAAGGAAUAUCAAAAUUAGUCUCAUCAAAACAACAAGAAGAAUUGCGUGAAGGCUUACAGCCACAGCAUCACAUUUACCCUUCUACGUCUCCCAAACCUCCUUCAAGUGCAAGAAGAAGAAAAGGCAUCCCUCAUCGGGCACCCUUUGGCUCCUAAUAUUAUUAACCUCACAACUCAGCCUUAUACGUACAUUAUUCAUUCAACACGGGUAUAUUUCUGAUUUAACAUUAUUUAUCUUUGUCCGUAAAGAUAAUUUGAAUGACAAUGAAGAGGCUUCAUGAAGGUGAAAACAUUAUUUAUCUUCAAAUUUGAGAAGCAUCAAUAUGAUGGUCCCAAAGUUUGAUAAAAUUGUCAAUUUUAUAAUUUAAUGUAUCCUUUUGGUUGAGUUGUCUAAACGAACAAAAGGGUAAGUAAAAUUAGGCUUUUUAGGGGGGAUUGGGACCCAAAACAACAAAUUCUCUCUUGUGAAAGAAGGCAAUAAUGCAGAAUUGUUAUUGAUAGUUGCAAGGUCUUCAUGUAAUUAAGAAAUUAUAAAGCAAGUCUUUGUGGAGUCCGUUUUCCAGUUUUUGGUGGGUCCAACAACCCACAUGCCCCGAUUACAUAAAGAACCAACAUCUUUUUGUUAUUUAAUACAUGUUUCUAUCAUUGUUUUUGUUACUCUAAUUAAAUAGCUCAAUGAGUGUAUUAUUUUUCUUUGUUCA